UGGUUUGUUCACUGGAUCAAGGAGGGAUAGUCGUCAAAAUGUAAAAUGUGCGAGUAAUGCCCGGUUCACACUUAGCCAGUAUAAAUGGACAGUUGCGCCGGCAAGUCAUACACUUCAUGGACUGGCGCGCCAGUUAGUUCACAUGAUGUCAGUCCAGUUUUCAACUCUACUGGCCGGGUGUGAACCGCACAUAAAUGUUACUGUCAUCUGUUAACUCACAUACUACUAGGUUACAUACUCUUUGGAAGUGACAAGUAACAUACUCUUUGCAACAAUUAUUCAAUUUGUGUUUUUAUUUUUACCCGCAUAAAUAUAAAUAACAAUUUUGUUUGCUUUAUUGUGUUUUUAUGGAAAACUCAUAAAAUGAGCUUAGAAAACAUGAAUUCGUUCUUAAUUGCAUUAGAAGCUGUUAAAGGAUAUUACACGUGUCGUGUUUGUAAGGAAUUUUGCAGGAAACCGGUGACACUGAAGUGCUGUUUUCAUUUAAUUUGCGAGGAACAUAUCGCAGAACUAAUCAAAUGUCCUAAAUGUGAUAAAAUACUAUUAGACCAACCUGUAUUUAAAGUAGAUAAUUUAGAAACAAGCGUAAACUCAACAUUUGAGUUAGAAAAAAUAUUCUCAAAAUACAAAAACCAACCUAAUCCUAAUGAAGCGAGAGACAAAAAUGUAACAAUUAGAGGUACUCGUAAUACUAAAAAACCAGCUACAAACAAUAUAAACCCAGAAUUAAGACAAUCGAUGGAAGAGACAUCGAAAAUUUCACAACAAUCAACCGUUAAUAUAAAAAACCAUAAAGAUAUAGACAAACGUAAUAAAAAUGGCGAAACAGCAUUACACGUAUCCUGUCGCCACGGUAAUAUAAAGAAAAUACAAGAAUUACUCAAUCUAGGUGCUAGUUCAAACACAAAAGAUUAUGCAGGCUGGACACCAUUACAUGAGGCUGUUCAAACAAAUAGACCAGAUAUAGUCAGACUUCUCUUAAAUCAUAACACCCUAAUCAACGUACCAGGACCUGACAACGAGACACCAUUACAUGAAGCAGUCAAAUAUAACCAUAAAGAGAUUGUUAACGAACUAGUUAUAUACGGAGCUGAUGUAAACGCUAAAAAUAGUAAAGGUGAAACACCAGAACAACUAGCUAAUACCGAAAUAAAAAAAAUAAUAGAUGUCGCUAUGAAAAAUGUCAAAAUUAACAUAACUAAUCUAUCUCCGUUUAAAAUGAAGUUAGAUAACGAAGAUAUUAUAGUAUACUGUGUUACAAAAUAUCGUACGGUGCAGAAUAAAUUAAAAAUACUAUCAAAGCAUCAUAAAAUAACAAUAGAAUCGAAAUUCAGUAAAAAAGUGACACAUUUAAUAGUGGAUGCGGAAGAAGGGAUAUGUAUGUCCAGUCUAGAUAUAUUACAAGGUAUAGUCUAUGGUAUUUGGAUACUGUCAUCUGAUUGGAUUAUACAAAGCACAGAUAACAAAUUAGAAGAUUAUGAAAAAUAUGAAAUAAAAAUAGGUACAGCGAAGUAUAAUGGCGCUAAAAUUUCAAGAUACAAUAAAAACAAACAAUUACCACAUCUAUUUAACGGUUGUCAUUUCUAUUUGCACAAUUUUAAUACGAGUUACGAAUUAUCUAAAAAUUUAAUAUUAAACAAGACUACUUUAACAAAACUGAUAACUGAUGCAGGAGGGAAAGUACUAAGGAGGUUACCGAACCCGGAAUCAAUUCCAGAUAAUGAGAAGUUAGUACCAUAUCAUGGGAAAAAAGGCGGGAAACUCGAUCUGUGUUCCCAUUAUAUUAUUUUCAAGGAUGUUUACGAACCGAAGUACAAUAUGAAGCAUUUGAAAGCGUUACCUAUAGCUUGGUUAUUGGAGUGCAUCGAAAAAUAUGAAUUAUGUGAACCAGAAUGAUUUUGAAAUAAAUUAAAUUUUAAUAAUUACACGGUUAUUUUUUUA